UAAAUAUAUUAUAAAUGCAUAUGCUACAGUCUGGACAGUAUAAAAGUUUACAGUUUCAUAAAGGAGACAAGGUUCACAGACAUAAGAGAGCAAGAUGAUAUAAUAUACUGGGCUAAGAAAUUUAAGGUUAGGUAACUACUGAAUUCAAAAAAUAUUUGCUAAACACCUAGGAGUAAGGAAUUGUGUCCCAGGACUACUAGGAUAAAUAAAACAUAGUUACUACUUUUGAGGUGCUCACAAUCUGCCUUGUAUAUUGUCUUUAUAGUGUAAAGGACUUCCAUGGUUUAGAUAUCACUUUACAUAUUGUUCCUCACAACCCAGUGAGGUAGGUCAUCAUUUUCAUCUUUAUAGGCAUGGAAACAGAGGGUUUGAAUUCCCAGGUCUUCCGAUUCCGAGACCACUCUUUCUUCCCCACUACAUCAGUGUUUCUCAAAAUUUUCCACUGGAGUACACUUUCAGAGAGAACAGACUUAUACUCCUCAGGGUUGGGAAAUACAAGUUCAAAAUCUAACGUGUUAUCUUAAAAAUUCGUGUUUAGUUUAAUGUUUUCCACUACUCACUGAAUCAAACGGAAGGUCUGAGAAAAUGAGCCACCUUGACUCUGGGUCCUCAGUACAGGGUUUCACAACAGAGGCUUCACAUACCGUUUGAGAAGCACAGGGCUACUCUGCAGCUUUUACUCGGGGUGUCUGGGUUUAGCUUGAGUCCCCACUCAAGAUUUUGGGUAACUUUACCAGGUUUCUUUUAGGUUUCUAGUAGCGUAAUGUUAUUCACAACCCUCUCUGAAGACUGUCAUAAAAGUCCCAGAUGUUCAGUGAGCAGUGGGGGCUGACCUUUCCUUCCCUGCAAGGAUGUCUCAUUCUGGCAAUAAGGUCUCUUCAGUCUGAUACUAUCUGCCACCCUUCUCACAGCUAGCUGAACCUAAGAGUUCCAGACGUCUCCUCCAACCGCCUGCUGGUCUUUGAAGGCCCCAAAGGCUCAACAAUGCCCUCUCUCAGCACCGCCUCUAGAGGGCAGCUCAGGGUUGCAGCUCUGCUGAGCCCUCUAGUGGCGUCUGGGGUAAUAUGGCUGCUCUUUUCUGGAACCUAUAAAAAACUCUGAAAAGUUGCACUCGGGAAGCCAGGCCGUGUGACACCGGUAGCGAACUUUUUAAGAAACGUCUUGGUUCUCAGCUUCCUUUUCUUAAGGCCUUUGUCAGGUCUCAGAUGCAUUGCCUUUCUUGGAUGAACCUCCCACUCCCUAGGAUCUCCCCCUUCCCAGGGCGUGGCAACGUGGAGCCAUCAUUCUCUCUUGGCGAGCAGCGAUGGCAGAGGAACAACAACAGCCGCCACCACAGCAGCCUGAUGCCCAUCAGCAGCUUCCCCCCAGCGCCCCCAACUCGGGGGUGGCUCUGCCAGCCCUUGUGCCUGGGCUGCCAGGGACAGAGGCCAGCGCGCUGCAACACGAGAUCAAGAACUCCAUCUGCAAAACUAUACAAUCUAAAGUGGACUACAUUUUGCAAGAAGUUGAGAAGUUUACAGACCUAGAGAAACUCUACCUCUACCUUCAGCUGCCUUCUGGUCUCAGCAAUGGAGAGAAAAGUGAUCAGAACGCCAUGUCAUCUAGUCGGGCACAGCAAAUGCAUGCCUUUUCCUGGAUUCGGAAUACCCUAGAGGAGCAUCCUGAGACUUCACUGCCAAAACAGGAAGUCUAUGAUGAGUACAAGAGCUAUUGUGACAAUCUUGGUUACCAUCCAUUAAGUGCUGCUGACUUUGGAAAGAUCAUGAAAAAUGUCUUUCCAAACAUGAAGGCACGUCGUCUGGGCACGAGAGGCAAAUCUAAAUAUUGCUACAGUGGACUAAGAAAAAAAGCUUUUGUCCAUAUGCCAACACUGCCCAAUCUUGACUUUCACAAAACUGGAGAUGGGUUGGAAGGAGCUGAACCUUCUGGGCAGCUUCAAAAUAUUGACGAGGAAGUUAUCUCUUCUGCUUGCCGCCUGGUGUGUGAGUGGGCCCAGAAAGUGUUAAGCCAGCCAUUUGACACAGUCUUGGAAUUAGCCCGCUUCCUCAUAACAAGUCACUGUAUAGGUACCAAGUCGAUGGCAGCUCUAACUGUGAUGGCAGCAGCACCACCAGGAAUUAAAGGAGUUACCCAGCCUUCUGCUUUUAUACCUACAGCUGAAAGUAAUUCAUUUCAGCCUCAGGUGAAGACUUUGCCAUCACCUAUUGAUGCUAAACAGCAAUUGCAACGGAAAAUUCAGAAGAAGCAGCAAGAACAGAAACUACAAUCCCCUUUGCCAGGAGAAUCCUCAGCGAAAAAAUCAGAAGGCGCUACAACUAAUGGAGUGACUAAUCUUUCUAAUGGAAAUCCUGCAAUCCUUUCUCCUCAGCCUAUUGGUAUUGUUGUGGCAGCUGUCCCUAGUCCCAUUCCGGUCCAGCGGACCAGGCAGUUGGUAACUUCCCCAAGUCCAAUGAGUUCUUCUGAUGGCAAAGUUCUUCCCCUCAAUGUACAGGUGGUCACUCAGCACAUGCAGUCUGUGAAACAGGCACCAAAGACUCCUCAGAAUGUUCCAGCCAGUCCUGGUGGGGAUCGUUCUGCCCGGCACCGCUACCCUCAGAUCUUACCCAAACCUGCCAACACCAGUGCGCUCACCAUCCGCUCUCCAACUACUGUCCUCUUUACUAGCAGUCCCAUCAAAACCGCUGUUGUACCCACUUCACACAUGAGUUCUCUAAAUGUGGUGAAAAUGACAGCAAUAUCCCUCACACCCAGCAACAGUAGUGCCCCUCUUAAACAUUCUGCCUCAGUAAACAGUGCUACAGGAACAACAGAAGAAUCAAGGACCUUUCCGCAGAUCAAGAAUGGUUCUGUUGUUUCACUUCAGUCUCCUGGAUCCAGGACCAGCAGCGCUGGGGGAUCAUCUGCUGUGGAAGUCAAAAUAGAACCUGAAACUUCAUCAGAUGAGCAUCCUGUACAGUGCCAAGAGAACUCUGAUGGGACUAAAGCUCCCAAAACAACACCUAGUGCCCUUUUGGGGCAGAAAAGUAAUACUGAUGGAGUAGUGCAAAAACCUUCAAAUGAAGGUGUCAUUGAAAUAAAAGCAACUAAGGUCUGUGACCAGAGGACCAAAUGUAAAAGUCGCUGUAAUGAAAUUCUGCCGAUCACUUCAACAGGCAAUAAUCAAAGCACUGUCACACUCUCAGUUGCCACUCAAAACUUAACUUUCACCAGCACCAACUCACCAUCUAAUGGUGACUCAAUAAAUAAAGACCCUAAAUUAUGCACUAAAAGUCCAAGAAAGCGACUGUCUUCUGCAUUGCAAGAGUCCCAGGUGCCUCCUAUAAAGAAACCAAUAGUGGAACAGCUUUCUGCAGUUAACAUGGAAGGUCAGAAACCAGGCAGUGUUAAGAAGGACCAAAAGGUUCCACAUUCAGGGAAAACAGAAAGUUCAACAGCGGGUGCUCAGAUUUCUAGCAAGGUAUCAAUGAAUGUCAGUUCACACACAGUGGCAAAUCGACCCUUGAAUUCUUCUGCUCUUAUUACCAGUGGUUCAGUUUCGGAACAGCAAACACCAUCAUCAUCUCCAGAUAUAAAAGUAAAACUUGAAGGGAGUGUCUUUCUCUUAGACAGUGAUUCAAAACCAGAUGGCAGCUUUAAUCCAAAUGAAUGGCAGCAGGUCACUAAGAAUUCUGAGUUUAUAUCUGCCGGCUGUGAACAGCAAGAUAUCAGUGUUAUGACAAUUCCUGAGCACUCUGAUAUCAAUGACCUAGAGAAAUCUGUUUGGGAAUUAGAAAGAAUGCCACAGGACACAUAUACCCAGCAGCUACAUAGCCAGAUACAAGAAUCUUCUUUGAAUCAAAUACAAGCACAGUCUUCAGAUCAGUUACCUCUACAGUCUGAACUAAAGGAGUUUGAGCCUUCUGUUUCCCAAACAAAUGAAAGCUACUUUCCUUUUGAUGAUGAACUUACACAAGAUAGUAUUGUGGAAGAGCUGGUGCUUAUGGAGCAGCAAAUGUCCAUGAACAAUUCUCAUUCUUAUGGUAACUGUUUGGGAAUGACCCUUCAAAGUCAGUCAGUAACUCCAGGAGCUCCAAUGUCAUCUCACACCUCCAGCACCCACUUCUAUCAUCCAAUCCAUAGCAAUGGCACUCCAAUCCACACACCCACACCCACUCCUACCCCGACCCCAACCCCGACCCCAACCCCAACCCCAACAUCUGAAAUGAUUGCUGGGUCUCAAAGUCUGUCGCGGGAGAGCCCUUGUUCCAGGCUAGCCCAGACCACACCUGUGGAUAGUGCUUUAGGAAGUAGCCGACAUACACCCAUUGGUACUCCACAUUCUAACUGCAGCAGUAGUGUCCCUCCCAGCCCUGUUGAAUGCAGGAAUCCAUUUGCAUUUACCCCAAUAAGCUCCAGUAUGGCAUAUCAUGAUGCCAGCAUUGUUUCAAGUAGUCCUGUGAAGCCAAUGCAAAGACCCAUGGCCACACACCCUGACAAAACCAAGCUAGAAUGGAUGAAUAAUGGGUAUAGUGGGGUUGGUAAUUCAUCAGUUUCUGGCCAUGGCAUUCUCCCAAGCUAUCAGGAACUAGUGGAAGACCGUUUCAGGAAACCUCAUGCUUUUGCUGUGCCUGGACAGUCUUACCAGUCUCAAUCCAGACAUCAUGACACUCAUUUUGGUCGUUUGACUCCUGUCUCUCCUGUGCAGCAUCAAGGUGCCACUGUAAAUAACACCAACAAACAGGAGGGUUUUGCAGUCCCUGCCCCUCUUGAUAAUAAAGGAACUAAUUCAUCUACCAGCAGCAAUUUCAGAUGCCGGAGUGUGAGCCCUGCUGUUCAUCGCCAACGUAAUCUUAGUGGAAGCACCCUCUAUCCAGUAGCUAAUAUCCCCCGAUCUAAUGUGACCCCCUUUGGAAGUCCAGUAACCCCAGAUGUUCAUGUUUUCACAAAUGUUCACACAGACCCAUGUGCCAACAACAUAGCUCAAAGAAGUCAAUCAGUUCCACUGACAGUCAUGAUGCAGACAGCCUUCCCGAAUGCUCUUCAGAAGCAAACAAACAGUAAAAAAAUAACCAAUGUUUUGUUGAGUAAACUUGAUUCUGACAAUGAUGAUGCAGUGAGAGGUUUGGGCAUGAACAACUUGCCCUCCAAUUACACAGCCCGGAUGAAUCUCACUCAGAUUUUGGAAACUUCCACUGUUUUUCCUAGUGCCAAUCCGCAGAAUAUGAUCGAUUCCAGCACUUCUGUUUAUGAAUUCCAAACACCAUCUUACCUCACCAAAAGUAAUAGCACCGAUCAGAUCAGUUUUUCUCCUGGAGAUAAUCAAGCACAAUCAGAAAUUGGAGAGCAACAAUUAGAUUUCAAUAGCACUGUUAAAGACCUGUUGAGUGGAGACAGCUUGCAAACCAGCCAGCAGCUAGUAGGUCAGGUAGCAUCUGAUCUUACUAAUACUGCGUCUGAUUUCUCUAGCGAUAUCAGGUUGUCUUCUGAGCUCUCAGGCAGCAUCAAUGAUUUGAACACUUUAGACCCAAAUCUACUGUUUGAUCCAGGUCGUCAGCAGGGACAAGAUGAUGAAGCUACACUGGAAGAAUUAAAGAAUGACCCAUUAUUUCAACAAAUUUGCAGUGAAUCCAUGAGCUCUAUGACUUCAUCAGGUUUUGAAUGGAUAGAAAGCAAGGACCAUCCUACUGUUGAAAUGUUGGGUUAAAUUGUGUUUUAUAAUAUGUAGCACACUGUAUCUAAAGACAUAUGUAUUGUAUUUGUCUUAAUGGAAGUGCCUCCCGCAGCAGAAACACUUACUAUUAAUUGUGACAUUUAAAAAGUUUGCUGCAGAAGUGGUUUCUUCUUCAGUAGGAAAUGGUUAGACUCGCCUCAGUUCUUAACAAGUUUCUAAAGACAGUAGGCUGUAGAAGAAAAAGUAUUAGGUUUUAAAUUUUAUAAUGUUCCCCAUUUAAUCACAUUGUUUGCUAGUAAACAAUUGACUAACCAGCUUUUACAAGAGCAGUCUAGAUCUUUAUUUGUGUAAAUUCAUUUUAAUUCAUUGGUUGAUCUGCACAGAAUUUAGUGGAAACCAUUGAUUUUAGGUAUAGGCUAUUUUUUGUUGUUGUUGGCAUUAUCUUUUAGAUAUGAAAUCAUAGCUAAGGUGAACUGUAGACAAGAAGGUCUUCCUUGAAACAGGGAUAAUAUUCAGGUUAUUAUAAGUAUUUACGCUUGAAGCAUAGAGCUACUGUAGAAUGAAAAUUCUCUGUAGGACUUUCUGGGACUUCAGUACCAUUUGCACCUGCAAUGAAGGGCUUCAAUAGGAAAAAAUAAUGGAAAAUUAAAUAUUAACCUAAGGAAAGCAAAAGCUGCACUAAAAUUUUUUAAAGGAAAACCUAGUAGCCAUUUAUAUUUGUGACCUUGUGUUAGUCUUAUUUUAAAAUACUGAUUUUAAUAUGGAGCUAAAAUACAGAGACAUGCACGUGUGUGCACACACACACACAGCAAAUAACUCCAAACAUUGUAAUUUAAUAGAAUAAAAGCAAGCAUGUUAGGAAAAUAUUUUGAGUUUUAUUAUUAGGUAGUUGAGAUAGGGGAAUUUAGAAGGAAAAUAAAAGCAUUUUCUUAGUUUCAUCACAGUGGCUACAUGCACAUAUGUAAAAUUCUAUUGAAGAUUUCUUUUGAAGUUUUUUUAAGUAGAAUAAUCUUAAGUUCUCAAUUUAGUGACCGACUCCUCCGCUCCUCCUGAUUCUAGUAAUAGAACGUGAUCAUGACAUCCCUUUGAGAAACAAGCAGGAGGGAGAUAAGAUAAAAACUGAGCAAAAAACAUUUCAGCACCUAAGGUCUGAAGCCACAGAUCUUUGUAUCUGAUAAGCAAAGGGGCCAUCAAUAGUACUUGAAGAAGAGGGGCAUUUUAUUACAUGCUUAAUUUAUUGACUGUGAUAACCACAAUUGCAAAAGAAGCACUCAGGAUUUGUUUUAAAAUGUUUCUCUCUAUGGCUCCCAUUUUGUUUUAUGAAUAAUUAUUUAUGAAUUUCAUGUUGACAAAUCUGCUCACUAGUUGACAGCUCCAUUUAAGUGAGUUUCAAGAUGACUUUCAAAUAGAUUUAAAAAUUGCCAUUAAGUUUUUAAAGCUAACAUUAAACCAUUGCUAUGCUACCUUGAACCUAGAUAAGCUUUCCUUUAUUAAUUAGUAAGCCAAUCGGAAGACUACAAUCAAUGAAUAUUUAACAAAUGUGAUGAAGGGUUUAAUUUAAUAAGGCUUCAUUGUUCAAUAAAUUUGCAAGGUAGGUUAUUAACAUAUUUUGAUAAAUAAAUGGUGCUAGGGUUUGCUCAGAGGUUUAUAUAUUGAUAUGUCCUAGUUAUUGGCAUUUGUGUGUGUUUGCUGUUAUCUUGAUUUAAUGAUCUGUUAGAUAUUUUUUCUUGAUCCUAGUUAUUUCUUCACUGUACAUUGAGACACAGCACUACUGCACACCAAAGUAUGCAAUACCCAAAGGAAACUGUGUGAUUUCUUUUAACAAAUGAUGGGAGCCUUUCUAUAUGAGAUACUCUGAAAAGGAGAUUUUGAGGCCAUUCUAAUCCCUUGUUUACAUUAUUAGCUUCCUACUAACAUAAAAAUAAUGGAAAUCUUUUUUGAUAAAAAUAUAAAGACUGGAGGAUUUUUAACCCCUGUACAGUAUUGCAGCAAACACUUUAAAUUUGGUUGAAUUCGUCCAGCAAACUUUCUGGGGUUCAUAUAUUGCACUAAAUUUGUUGAACCUGUGGUAGGCACAUCUCUUAGGAUAAAUGCAACCAAUACAGUCCACAGAUUAAACUUUUUAAAUGUGUUUCAUUAUGAAAAGACAAAAUGUCAUCAAAGUGACAGAUAAAAUUGUCUUAUGUAGCAAUGUGCAUUGAUCUCAAUGAGAUAUUUCUAUUUCUUAUUCUCUUACGUGAGAAUAUUACAGCAGGAAGAAUUUAGUUUGCUUCACCAUGUUAAUACAUGAUCACAAAAUGUGCAUGAGUGUUAUUGACUUACCUUGUACAGUACUAGGUAUUCCUGUAACCACUUUUUUUUUUCUUGGCUGUAUUGAGACUGGUUCAAUGUUAACCAGGCAGGCAUAGUUAUUCACAAGUUAUUUACUUUUUUAUGUUUACUAAUUCUGCUUAGUUAUUGUUGAAUAUGUUCUUUUCUCAGAUUAUUUUCAUUGUUUUGAUGUUUAAAACAUUUUGCAUACUGUUUAUCAUGAUAAGACUUCAUGAAGUAAAUAAUUUUGCAUAUAAUUGCAAUAAGCACUGACUUUUGAACUGAAAAGAAGGAAAGUGUUUUUUUGUGCAGUGCAUCUGAGGUUCAUAUAAUAGUCUUGUACUAUAAUGUGCUUUACUACACCAUAAAUGACAAAAACAAGCCCUGUUUCAUGUUUUCAUUUAGUGCAAAAAGUCAGAUUUCCCGAGUGUUUUUGUUGUCUGUUGUACCUGCUGAAACUACAGUAGUUGAAUAUUGCAGUAGCAUUUCAGUUCUCUUUUUUUAUUAAAAGUGCUCAAAAAUUGUUUUUUAAAUGUUUUCAAAAACAAUUAAAAACAUUUUAUAUUAAACUGA